CGAUAAGUACAGAUGUUAAAGUUCAAUGAUAAUACUUCUAUCAAGAAAUUGCCCAUCAAUGACGUAUCAUCAAUUGCUUCAAAAAUGGAUGCAUAAGUAAAUAUGUUGAUUAGUUGUGUUCGGCAAUUGAAUAAGAAACAAUGUCUGACAUGGAUUUAGACAGAAGAGUGAAUAUUGAUGCUCCCAGAUGGGAUCAGAAUACUUACAUAGGUCGCUUGAAGUAUUUUUUUAACGUUACUAAUCCUCUGUACAUCCUAAAAACUGAUGAAGAUUUGAAUAAAGCUAAAGAACUGGUUGAUAAAUACAAAUCCGGUCAACCGUUGCACGGAGUAACAUUAAAUGAUGUGUAUCAUGCUAAGAAUGUCGUAGAUUCAGCUUUUCACCCUGAUACUGGGGAAAAAAUGAUCCUGUUUGGAAGAAUGUCUGCUCAAGUGCCCAUGAAUAUGAUAAUUACUGGAUGCAUGAUCACUUUUUAUAAAUCAACUCCUGCGGUUGUAUUCUGGCAAUGGUUCAAUCAGUCAUUUAAUGCUUUGGUGAAUUAUACAAAUCGAAGUGGUUCCUCCGAAAUUUCAACAGAACAAAUUACAAAAUCAUACGUUUUAGCAACAAGUGGAGCUGUAUCUACUGCCAUUGCGUUAAAUAAACUUGCCAAGAGAGCCCCCUCAGUGGUCAGUAGAUUAGUGCCAUUCGCUGCGGUGGCUGCAGCAAACUGUAUCAACAUUCCAUUGAUGAGAUAUAAGGAAUUGGAACAGGGAUUAUCUGUAGUUGACGAGAAUAAUAAUCUAUUAGGACAUUCCAAGACGGCAGCCACGUAUGGAAUAUCAGCAGUGGUUCUAAGUCGUAUUUGUAUGUGUGCUCCUGGGAUGAUUUUAACUCCAUUUAUCGUUGAAUGGAUUGAAAGGAAAGGAGUGAUUAGACGAUACCCCUGGCUACCUGCUCCUUUACAGUUACUGUUGUGUGGAGUAUUUCUAACAUUCGCGACGCCUAUGUGUUGUGCUUUAUUCCCUCAAACAUAUCCAAUUGCCAUUCACAAACUAGAAACAGAAAUCCAGGAAAAUGGCAAAAAGUUGAAUCCAGUUCCACUAAUCGCCUACUACAACAAAGGAUUGUGAAUGACUAUGGUGUUACUGACACAGUUACCUUUAAAAUGUAUUUCAAUCAAAGUAAAUUCUUCAUUUUAAAUAAAUAAUUGAACUGUGCUGUGUAA